CAGAACGCUGAGCGAACACCUAGCCUGUUCGGAAAACGACAGGGUUUCGUGUCUAUUCCUAUCUUGCCUAUCCCAACCCAAACCUCCAGAUUCGCGAGCCCCCUCGAAAUUUUGCUCAUCUUCUUCCGUUCCUAUUCUCUUGCUCUUCCCUGGUCCGGUCCAGCCAUCUCCCAUCGUCUCACUCUGACCAACACGUUUCCCGCCCGGCCAUGGCGCAAAGGUUCGGCGCGUCGUCUCUGCACCAGCGCGACUCGCGCAGUGCGCUCUUCGACGGCUACACGGGGGACGGGGCCCGGCGACCCGUCAGCGCGAGCCCGAGUCGCGGGUAUGGAUACGGGGGUUACGGGGCGCCGGCGAGCAAUGGCGGCCUCGACGCCAACGGUGGCAAGGGCUUUCGGCCGGCGACGCCAAACCGCAGGGGCCAGUAUAGCGAUGCGGUUCUGAACGAGCUGGAGAGCCAGAACGAUGCGCAGGUGGAGGGCAUCCUCGGCAAAGUCAAGAUCUUGAAGACUAUGACGGUUGCUAUCGGCGACGAAAUUCGCGACUCCUCCGCCCUUGCCGAGAAGAUGAACGACUCCUUCGACUCGACCCGUCUACGCCUCCGUGGCACCAUGAACCGCAUGUUGCUGAUGGCUGAGCGCACUGGUGUGAGCUGGAAAGUCUGGAUUGCUUUCUUUUCCGCUGUCAUCAUGCUCUUCAUGUACGUCUGGCUAUUUUAAACUGCACAACCAUCAUGACACGCAACACACACGCUUCGACGCACUCGAGACGACCGCGGGAGAUCUAGCAUCACCUCGGCGAAUUACCGAAACGAGACAAAAGAGGAACGCGGCCUAGAUGAAUGGACAGGACCAUCCUAAAGUGGAGCGGACGCCUCGGCAGAGACGGAAAGACGACAGCUGGCAUUUAUGGAUGCAUUCUCGGACGGCGUUGUUGGUACGGGAGUUUUGACGAUUUUUCAACCGCCUUUUGCAUCAUGGUAAUACGGGAUCAAGGGCUGCGCCCUUGGAGGAAAAGCACGACAACGACGUUCUGUCACCGUACAAAGAUUGUAAUAUUAGGAUUACCCGCCACAGCGCAUGUUAUGUUUGGCAUUUGUUUCUUCGAUAUAAAGGACAGACAAGGGUUUGAAGACUUUAUUUAUAUUAAUAACUGGGAAAGACAUGUGGACC